GUUCUCAUAGUCAGUUGCGCACGGUAGGGCUUAUUUUAGUGAAACAAGGUAAACAUCAUUUAUUAAUUUAAUAACACAAAUAAAAGUGAUAAAUAAGUGAGUCUGUGUCAUAAUAUAUAAUAAAACCUACAUUUAAUUCAAAACUGUAACGCACAACUUACACUGCAUGGUGAUUUUUAUCAUUUUUGUGCGUAAUAAAAGUAAUAUCAAAAGUUUGAAUUUCGAACGAGCCUGAGAUUUUUUUUUAAAUGGCUGGUUUAGAAGGCUUGAGUGAUCAUGAUAAGGCCGUGUUGAGGAGUAUUUUCGACCCCACAGCUACUAUUGCUGAUGUGGAUGUGAAUGAAGACACAUUUGAGGAGGAAGAUGAUGAGGCAACAACCGACGCUGAAAAGCAGUCAGUGCAACUCUGCGCCCAAGGUGUACGAUUAGCCAAUGAAGGCAAACUGGACGAAGCCUUGGAUGCGCUCAGUAAAGGCGUGGAGUUAGCCCCGGAACGCGCGUCCGCAUACAACGACAGGGCGCAACUGUUGCGUCUCAUGAAGAAAGAUGAUGAAGCCAUGGCGGACUUAGACCACGCACUCAAGCUGACGGCAGGACGAAAAACAAGAGCGCGCGCACUAGCUCUGUGUCAGCGUGGCGUCCUCCUGAGGAAGACGGGUGAGGACGCCCGCCCAGUAUUCCUCGAGGCGGCCAAGCUUGGCAGUGGAUUCGCCAAGAAACAGGUGGUCGAGCUGAAUCCCUACGCUGCUCUCUGCAACCAGAUGUUGAGUGAAGUCAUGAGGGGAGGAGAGGUGAAGUUGGCCGGCAUCCCGGAGCCAGAGCAAUAAGGCAGGCGGAAUUGAGUAUUUGAAUUUGUAUGUUAUAUAGGGUCAUUGCGCUAGUUUUCGUCCGGCUCUAGUUUUCGUCCUUGACGAAAUUUGAAUAUAAAUUACCUUCAUUGCUGCACAAAAAUUGGACUUAUUGCAAUACUUAAUAUCUAAACAAUUUAUCUAUCUAUAUAAAAAUAUAUUUCGCAAGUAGCAAAUUAUAAAUGAAAUGUAUUAUUUGCUAAUCCGUCAAGUGGACGGAAACUGACACCGGACGGUAAACUGACGCAAUUACCCUAUUAGACGUCGUAGACAGGAAGGAGAUAGGCAUUUUAAAUAACAAUGCUUCCCGUGAGACACAGACAUUAAAUACAUAUAAUAAUAUUAAACACGGCAGUUUGAGCCUGAUGGUAUUUGAGACUUUGAGGUAUGCGUCGGUCCACCAAUGGAGCAUGAUGAUGCUUCUCGGUGUAAAGUGAAUCAUGUCAAGCAAUUUUCGACUUAAAAUACGUGAGUGACCAGUUUUAAUAUAUUUUAAUAGUAGAUUUAAUAUUGCCAUCUGCGGGCGCAGCAUGGUUCCAUUUUUAUCGCCUGUCACUAUGCCCGUCACUUUUGCACUUACGUACUUGUUAGAACUUGACAAGCGAUAAAAAUGCGACCGUGCUACCGCCGCUGAUUCACAAAUACGUAUUUUACUUACCGUUUGCUGUUGAAAAGAAAAAUGUAAGAUAGUUCUUUAUGUUCAGAAAAAAACUAUACCAAUCAUGUUGUGCUCAUAGAGGAGAGGAAAAUAAAACUCACAAAAUCUAAUGGAUUAGAAAUUUAUAUUGUUGAAUACAAUCGACAUCCACUUUCAAGAAAAUUACAACCACUCAAACGGAGGUAUUUGCCCCCGAGCGAUCCAGACCGACCCGAUAUCAUCGAAAAUGACAAUUUUACAUUUUGAAAAUGACAAAUGUUACUACAAAUCGAAAUAUCGUUAACUACACUAAAUAUUACUUAGAAUAUGCAAUAAAAUCUCAUAAAUAUACUAAUGAAGAUCAUGUGCAGAAAUUUAUUGUAUAAAGAAGAUAUUUUUGUUAGUAAAAUUUCCACACACAACCAUUAAAAUUUGUAAAAUUCAUAGACGCUUUUUCAUUUCUAUCCAAAAGCGUCAACCAUAGAUAACACAAAUUGAAAGUGCACUUUAAAUAUUUAUGUUAUAAUUAUAAAAGCUACGUGGAAGAGUUUUAUUUUAAUUUGUUGUCUUUGGUAUUUUACUGUGUUAGGCGAUUUAUGAAUUGUUUUGGCACAUUCAAUACAUGUGGUAACGCAUUGGAGAUAAAACGGAAAUACUAUUUUCAGUAAUCAGGUGUUAGUUCAUUUCCGGCUCAAGCUACCCACUGAAAACUUUUAGAUUUA